UAACCGAUCCCUUUGUCGAAAUCGCGAAUUAAACGAGAGGUGCCUUAAUUCGAUUAACUUCGCUUCUUUAAUAAAAGAGAACUUCAUCUACAGUAAGUUUGGAACUCCGCGCUCAGGAUAUACAAAGACCUAACUAACGUAAACCUAGCAAAUCAUUGGAGUACUUUUAUAGAUCAGAUAUAACAAUGAAUAACGAAAGAGCAUGUAUGUCAUAUCUAAAUCUACGAAAACAAUUUAAAAAAUGGCGUUGGAUUAUUGCUGGGUUCUACGGAACGAUGCUGUUCAUUAUGUUCAUAGUUGAGGACCCGUUUGGACCGAAAGCGAAUGUCUUACAACAACAGAACGCUAAUCCCGUUGUCGUCAAGCAAAUGGAUUCCGGGGAAAAAAUACGUGAAGCGGGUAACCGGACACAGGAUGCGUACGACAAUAUUCUGGAAAAAUACAAGAACUACAUAAGGACACAUAACAUUACAGUUACAAUGUUCACAACGUUCGCAGAUCGAGAAGAGUCAAGAUAUGUCAUUCAAAACAACACAUUGUUAAACUGGCUUCAUCUCCAAAACGUUAAUUUUAAACUGGUUCUUUUUGGAAACGAGAGAGCGAUAGCAGAGUACCACCUACAACAUAUAGAGAGCUUCAAAAAGCGACUUCAUUUGCGAGAGACUCCAGAUUCUAGCCGAGAGAAUGCGGAUUUGUAUAAAGGAAAUGUUCCUGAUGUGGAACCGAAUAAAGUAAAAGAGUUUGGAAAGUUUCUUGAUCCAAGACUUGAUGAAAGGAUUCAUAACACAUCAUUUCCUACCUCAAAUGAACUAUACAAGUCUAAAAGUUACUCAAAGAACGAUCUGUAUUAUCAAACAUGGGAUUUCAUCAAGUUGGGGGAUAAUCUGACAGCCCAGGGUAGACCAAUAUUAAAACAGAUGUACUUGGAGGUACAGAGGCGAUAUCAUUCGGACCUCUACAUGUACGUCAAUGGAGAUAUCCUGUUCCACGCUGAAUCUUUGCUUCAAACUCUUUAUGGAAUAAAACAGUUCGUGGACGAUCCAAAAACUAAAAGGAAAAAGUGGCUCUUAUUCGGCGGUCGUAGAGAGGUUAACUUUUUUGAUACAAAAACAAGAUUGAACCACGUGCUCCAGUUUGGGGAUGACUCCGAGAUCCAGAGCAUAUCUCUUCGGUCCAGAGUAAUUAACCAUAACGCUCUUGAUUUCUUCAUCUGUAGCAGGACCAGCUUUCCCUGGAUAGUUGUCCCCGACUUUGUUGUCAGUCUUCCCCUAUUUGACCAUUGGUUGGUACUAUACAGUAACAAAAUGGGUAUUGAAACAUUCGAUAUUUCAGGAACAGCCCUCGUGGUGCAUCAAAGAGGAGUAACAAAGUUGAAAGAUUCGAAAUAUGCGCAAGCGGAUAAUUUGAAUACGUUCCUGUUCGAUAGCUCUGUUGGUAUACGAUGCGCGUUUGACACUUUUCAGGCUCGACUCGAAUGCAUGCGACAGAGAACCAGGCGACAGAGAGUCUUGAAAGAAGAUGUGAUUGUCAUUGCUAAAAACAACAAUUUUAAUAAGUAUAUGGAUAUGGGGUGUGUUUACGAACAUCCAUUUAUGGUACCUGUUAUUGGGAAAGACCCCUGGAACAAUUUAUAAAUAUAAUGUGCGGAUAUCAACUGGGUGUAUUUCCAAAUAUCAAAAUUCCUCUAAAACUCCAAGAUAAUUGGUACAGGAUGAGCCAAAACAAAUAAUGUUAAUGACUCAUGAUCAAGUCAUUUUGCACAGGUUUUCAAUAAUAAAAUCGAAACGUCAACCAAUACGUAUGACCAAUCCCCCACUCAAGUGCAUCGCUUCAACAUUUUCCGGUCACGUUUAGGUUGUGAAAAACAU